AUGCCGGGCAUCCUGAACAGGCGAAAACGCCCUUCGGUCGCAGUCAGCGACGAUGACGAUGACGAGCAGUCAGACGGUUCCUACGUCUCAACAGGCAGCAAACGCGCCCGUCAUGCUCGCGACGCGUCCGAUAGCCCAGCUCCGACAAAAGGCUACCCCCCUACACCGCGAAUGCAAAACGGCCAUAAUGAUGACAAUGAAUACGCGGAAGAAGUGCACCAGCCCGGCUCCCUGGUGCGGGUCAAACUCACCAAUUUCGUCACCUAUACGGCCGCCGAAUUCCAGCUUGGCCCAAGCCUGAACAUGAUCAUUGGCCCAAACGGCACAGGCAAGAGCACGCUCGUUUGUGCCAUCUGUUUGGGACUCGGCUGGUCUCCUCAGCACCUCGGCAGAGCCAAAGAAAUCGGCGAAUUCGUGAAGCACGGCCAUGGCGAAGCGGAGAUCGAGGUUGAGCUCGCCGCUUCUGAGAACCAGCGCACAAACCCUAUAAUUCGUCGCGUCAUAAGGAAGGAAGGAAACAAGUCGGCCUUCUUCAUCAAUGGACGCAAUACAUCGCAGAAGGAGGUCGUUGCAUUGGCAAAGUCCUUCUCAAUUCAAAUUGAUAACCUCUGCCAGUUCUUGCCACAAGAUCGCGUGGUGGAGUUCGCGCGGCUUGAGCCUGUCGCUUUGCUACGGGAGACACAACGCGCCGCAGCGCCUGAGCAGAUGGUGCAAUGGCACGAUGCUCUCAAACAGCUCCGUGGCGAGGAGAAAUCACUAGAGCAACAACAGAAGGACAACGAUCAUCACAUGAAGACACUCCAGGCCAAGCAGAACGCCACACGCGAGGACGUCGAGCGAUGGAACCAGCGCCAGGAGCUCAUAGUCAAGUCUCGGGCUCUCGAGAAGUGUCGACCUGUCAUCAACACGAAAAUCAUGAGGGCCGAGAUCAAACAGAUGAAGAGCGACCUCAGCGCCGAGAAGCAGGAAUUGGCACGCUACAAUGCCGAGAUGGAACCAGCGCGCCAAGCCCAAGCGGAGAUGGAGGCGUAUCGGGACCAGGUUAGCCAGGUUGCCAAGACCCGGAAAAGUCGCUUUGACGCUGCGAAAGGCGUUGUUGAUAGGCUGGCGACGAAGAUCGAGACUGAGCAACGGACCAUCACCAACUUCUCGGCAGAGAUUGAGGCUGAGAAGCAGGCUGAGAAAACCCGAAGGCAGGACGUGAAGCGGAUUGAAGGAGAUAUAAUAAGGCUCAAGCGUGCUAAAGACGAUAACCCGGUGGAAUAUGAUCAUGCCGACUUUGAGUCCCGGAAAGCCGAACUUCGCACCGAAAGGUCCUCUCUUGAGCGUCGGGUAGUUGAACUGAGCACCGAUUUGAAAGACACACGCACUCAGGCGGUCACAGCUCGGAGUAUUUUGCAGCGAAAGACGGACGAUCGAGAGCAGCUCAAUACGCAAAGCGGACAACAAGCGACCUUGCUGGCAGGAUUGUCCAGGGAUACGGCCAUAGGCUGGGAUUGGCUGCAAAAAAAUAUGGGCAGUCUGCCGCUAAAAGACGAUGUCUAUCCUCCUGCCAUUCUCUGUUGCUCGGUUCCAGACGCUCGAUACGCGGACGCCGUCGAAAGUCAGCUGCGCCCUGGAGAUCUAACAGCGAUCACUUGUGGGAACGGAGAGGAUGCAAAGCUCAUCUCUGACAAGCUUCUAGGCAAGAAAGAGACAGGAGGGUUGGGAUUGCACCAAGUUUCUAUUCGAACGGCACCUCAGCGCCUCACCUUCUAUCGGGCGCCUGUUACCAAGGCCGAGCUCGAGAGAUACGGGUUCGAGAGCUGGAUUAUUGACCACAUUCAAGGCCCCGAACCUGUAUUAGCCAUGCUCUGCGACAGCGCGGGGAUACAACGCGCAGCGUUUGCCUUACGACCCAUAUCGAACGAGCAGCAUGCUGCGCUGCAAGACAGCCCAAUCUCGAAGUGGGUGACUGGUUCUGAAAUCUGUCAGAUCACGAAACGUCGAGAGUACGAUCAGUCCUCUACUAGUGUCAAGCAGCUGAGGAAGGCGCAAUACUUUACGGGCCAGCCCAUCGACACAGAAGAGAAACGCAGACUCGACAUUGAGAUCAGAGAUCUUGGGCGUGACAUUGAACAUCUCAGGAGCGUACAUAAUGAGACGAAGCAAAAGCUGGAACAGCUAACGGAGGAUCAGGCUAGGAUUGAUGCCCAAAAGGGCGAGAUUCAAGCUCAACAGGACAGAAUGAAGAAGGCAUAUGCUGAGUGGCACGAUCUUCCCCGGAAGAUAGCCACCAAGCAAGCUGAGCUCGACGGCCUCCAAGCCCUCAACGCGGACACCCACCGCCGCAUUCAGGCGAUUCGAGACAAUUCCGAGCAAGCCUCGCUCAAAAUCGCUACGUUAACAAUUGAAUAUGCCACAGCAGUGAUCCAACUCCGUGCGAUACACGAGUCGAUGGUAGAAGCCGAGCUCCGAUUGAUCGAAGCGAAUUCUGAAGUCGACGGGUUCAUGGCCGACAACGCCCAUAUCCUCCGCGUUCUCGAUGAAAAGAAAGCAGCAGUUCGGGAGUUAGAAGAGACUAUAAAGGAUAGGACAGCCGCAUACAAGCGUGAUAUCAAGAUCGCCGAGCGAAUCAUCAAAGAUCUCACGGAAGACGAAAGGAGUAUAGUCAGGGAAUUCAGCAAUUUGGCAUCGGUUGAGGAGCUCGACAAUGAAAUCACCGCCGUCAACGCUCGGCUCGAUUUGAUGGCCGAAGGCAACCCCCACGCUAUCCACGCCUACGAACGGCGGCAGCAACAGAUAGAAAAGGCGCAGGAAAGCCUGAGUACAGUCGCGGAGGACCUGGAGGAGAAACGAGAGCAGAUCAGGCAAAUUCGCGAGCGAUGGGAGCCGGAGCUGGACCAGCUUGUUGCCAAGAUCAGCGACGGCUUCUCCCACAAUUUUCAACAGAUUGGCUGCGCAGGACAAGUGGGUGUAUAUAAGGACGAAGACUUCGAGAACUGGUCGAUACAGAUUCAGGUCCGCUUCCGUGAGAACGAAUCCCUCUCAAUCCUCGAUUCGCACCGCCAAUCCGGUGGCGAGCGCGCCGUUUCAACGAUCUUCUACCUCAUGGCGCUCCAGGACCUCGCUCGCUCACCGUUCCGUGUCGUCGACGAAAUCAACCAGGGCAUGGACCCACGCAAUGAACGCAUGGUCCACGAGCGCAUGGUCGACAUCGCCUGUCGAGAGCGCACGAGCCAAUACUUCCUGAUCACGCCGAAGCUGCUCAACGAUCUCAAGUUCCAUCCCAAGAUGAAGGUCCAUUGCAUCGCUAGCGGAGAGCAUAUGCCGGAUCAGAACACGAAUCUGGACUUCCAGAGGCUAGCUAAGGUGGCACUGAGAGUGAGGAAGCAAGCUAUGGCGGCGGCCUAA